UUGGCACAAGUCUGGAAAUUCAAGCAACCUCUUUCUCCUUUUUCUCUAAUUUGCUGCUAUAAUUACUCAAAAACUGCCAUACCCGCACGCAUUCCAUUCAAUUGCCGCUAUAAUUGUUCAAUUGUAAUGAAUUCAAUGUUUUCAACUUUCAUCAGCAUACAAGCAAAGUCAAAAGUUUAAGCAAGGCUGCUCCGGAGUUGAAGCAAAAGCAAAAGGAAACAAAAGUUUCCAAAGUUUUAAAGUCACCGUCUUCUCUUCCUCCAGGAUUCUCUCUGUUUCCUCCCCUUCAAAGUUUUAGCUCUUUCUUUUUUGCUAUAACCAUCAUGUUUUUGUUGUUUUAGCUGGUAUUUCAUUAUUGAAUUUUUUUAAAAAAUUUUUUAUUUGGGUGCUUCUCUCCACCAAAGUUGGAGCUUGGACAUUAGGUAUGGGAACUUUGACUUUUGCUGCCGUUCUCCCUACAAAGCCAAGACCCCCAGUGUUUGAACACCAUAGAUCUCUUUUUGUUUCCGGAAGAAGAUCCAAGAAGAAGAACCAAGCUAUUGUUCCUGUAGCAAGGUUGUUUGGGCCAUCUAUUUUCGAGGCAUCAAAGCUAAAGGUUUUGUUUCUAGGAGUUGAUGAGAAGCACCCAGGGAAGCUACCUAGGACUUACACCCUUACACAUAGUGAUAUAACCUCUAAACUUACUUUAGCAGUCUCACAAACCAUUAACAAAUCCCAGCUGCAAGGUUGGUCAAACAAAUUAUACAGAGACGAAGUGGUGGCGGAAUGGAAGAAAGUGAAGGGAAGGAUGUCUUUGCAUGUUCACUGUCACAUAAGUGGAGGCCAUUUCCUCCUAGACUUGUGUGCUAGACUUAGAUACUUCAUCUUCUGCAAAGAACUCCCUGUGGUACUGAAGGCGUUUGUCUAUGGAGAUGGCAAUUUGCUGAAAAACUACCCGGAAUUACAGGAGUCUUUGGUUUGGGUUUAUUUUCACUCAAACAUUCCAGAAUUCAACAGAGUAGAGUGCCGGGGUCCGCUGGUGGAAGCUGGAGCAACUUCAAGUGAGGCAGAUAUGACUCAGACCCAACAAAAAAAGCAAGAAAUCUCGCCAAGUAACUGGGAAUUGCCCCAGCCGUGCCCGGAGAAUUGUAACUGUUGUUUUCCAACAAUGACCUUGAUCCCAUGGUCACAAAAGCUUCCCAAUGAAAAUGAAAAACAUGGGUCCCAGCAGCAGCGGUUGCCUCUACGAAACCUGAAAACUAUGGAUUGAAUAAAAAUGAUAGUUAAAUUAAUGAUUGGUAAUCAUUCAUAUUAAUUUGCAUUUGUACUCUCUCUUGUUUGUGAUGAAAGAUGUAAAUAAAAAGUCAAUUUCUCAAAACAUGUCCCCUCAAAAUAAAACUGGUGGGGGGUUCAAACA